CUGCUGAUCUGAUAACUCUUUAAUUUUAAUCACCCUGACAGUCUGUGGUAAACCAUGUGGUUAACUAUUUCGGGUGCAGUCGCUUCUCUCAAAGCCACAGUCUGAUGUAGUUUACAAGGCGAAUCCUUUGAUAGCACAAAGGCACAAGGGGAUUAAAACAACUCUUAUGCAGAUUAGCUGUUAAACUGCUCACGUACCUUUCCUUGUUGCCUUCUUCAAACCUUGUGACUUACUAAACAGCAAGACAAAUAAAGUAAAAAGGGCAGAAAAUAUCGAAGUGAGGAAAUGAAAGAAAAGGGCAUUGCAGGGCUGGGGCUGGGAGUCUCAGCUUGAGUUGCUGUUGGUCUUUCAAGGAGAAAGCACUUUGGGAGUCAAGGGCAGACACCAAAUGAUGAACAGCUAUCAGGGACUCGAGGGCCUUUGGCAGUCAUUCCUGCUGGUUGCUAAGGCUGCAUUAAUUAUGGCUGCAGAAAAUGUGAGGAUAUGAUGACUAAGAAAUUUCACUCCUGAUAGCUGUUACUGUUGUGCAUAAGCACAAAGGACCAUGGAUCACGCACCCAAAGAUAAGUGCCAGGCCUGGUGCAACCACACUAUUUGAUCCUUUAAUUUCUCAGCCUUUAGGCCUUAAAUAAUCAUUAAGUAGUGCCUUUAUCAACCUCUGGGUCCCCAGCUCAGCUUGAGCAGGCUUUUCAAGUCACUGAAAUGAUCUAACUUAAUUCAUUCCAACUGAUUAAGAAGUAUAUUUAGAUAUGAUUUGGUGAUGACGCAACACUUCAUGUCCUUGUUUUGGGUCAAGUUAUAUUUAGGUUUGCAAACUUAUUUCACAAUUCUUUGGUGUCCUGAGGCAGAACUGAGAGUCUAUGCCCAUUCCCAAUGUUUGCUUAUAGAUGAUUGCAACUUUUAAUUGCUUACUUUUGCCUAUUGUACCUCACUCCAUAGACUGAGGGCUGCACACUCUGGUGGUGGCGGCUGCUUCCCAAAACAAUUAUGUGCAGCUUCAUUAAGAGAAUGUUGAUCAUAACGAUUCUUCAUUAAGAAAAUGUUUCCUGUUGCCCAUCUUCUGGACAUGUCUGGUGCAUGCCCACGCCUUCAACCGACUGAAUUUGCUGAUGUUACUGCUGACAGGUAUCCACUACAGACCAAACUGUACUAUGAGUGUGACCCUGGCUAUGGCAGAAAAGCCAGUGCAUACCUAGGAAUUCAGUGUAAGAGUGAACAGCAGGGUGCUGUUUGGAAAUACCAACCAUUUAAAUGCUUUGAUGUGAAAAAUUUGUCAUCAAUGGCUUCCAUGAUGGAGUUAGAACUUACACAGAAGCCAGAAAUAGAACCAAUGAGCACUGCACCCCAGAAGCAAGAAGACUUUUCAGAGUCCAAACAUAAAGAUUUCUGCGGUCCUCCCAAGACUGUUCCACAUGCCUCCAUAAGGCUGCCCCAACAGCAUUACGUGGGACAAGUCUUACAUUUCAAAUGCCAGACAGGUUAUGAUAAGAGACCCCCCACCUUUGGCAGCAGGAUGUGCAAGGAGGUGAAUGGCAGAACUUUCUGGACCCCCCUCGAUAUGAGAUGCACCAAUGACAGCAACCAGUGGCCACCACAGACCAUUGGGCCAGGUAAGAUGGUUGUGAUUACACCACAGCAAUGUCCUGACCUGCUCACAGGGGGUUCAGACCCCCCAGCAGUCGUGGGGAGAGUGGGAGCUUCAAAAAUGUUUACUGAAGAAGCUCUGCCACUGAGGUGUCACCCUGAUUUUCUAAGACUUUGCUAAGCCUUCUGAUGUUUGCAUUCUUGUAACGAACUUUCUCACACACAGUUCUGUAAACAACUUAUGUUUUGCAUUCUUUCAUAGAGGAGGAGAGAA